UUACAGAUGUCAAUAAGUGACGCUGACAGUUUAGCCGUAGCAAAUUCAAGUGGUGAACAAGAAUCCGGUGUACAUCGGAAUGUAUCAGUGAAUCGAUUUCAGGUAUCAAAGCUUAAAUUAGAUUCAAGUGAACUGCCGGCAUCAUCAUCAUCAUCAUCGUCAUCAUCAUCAUCAGCAUCAUUAUCCUCAGCAGUAGCAGUACCAGGAGCAGCAGAAACAUUAAGCGGACAACCUGAUAAGGGGACAUUGAAGAAAUCAGGUAGUGAACCACCAUUUUCACAUUUCGCAAUGAUCGAUCCGAAACGGAAGAGCAGUGCGAUGAGUCGAUUUGAGGUAAAAAUUCAUUCGUUGUUAAAAUACAUGCAAUUAUAUUAUGAUGAAAGACGACAAUUCUAA